UCCGCCCCUCUCAGCAGCCAUAGCCGUGUGUUUACAAUCCGCUCUCAAGAAGAAGCACUACCGUGAAGAGACAUGCGGGCAAAAACACAGCGCCCUCACGUGAAUGGAUGUUAGUGGCAUUAUGAAUCUUUGGAAUCAUACGAAGGAAUCGAAUCAAUGGAUGUUAGAGGCGUAAUGAAUCUUUGGAAUCAUCCGAAUGAAUCGAAUCAAUGGAUGUUAGUGGCAUAAUGAAUCUUUUGAAUCAUCCGAAUGAAUCAAAUCUUUUGUAAUGAUUCACACUUAAAGAUCCAUAUAAAACAAUUCGUUCACGAAGAAAAGUCUGCGUUUAUUGAUCGUGAUUAAGUAACUUAAUUUUCAGGGAAUGCUCUGGGUGUAUUAAUAAUUGGCCUACUUUGGUGAAUGAUGUCGUCAGCAGAGCAUUUAUGCUUGGUGCUUCUGUUAUGUGUGUGUACCUGUAUUUGUGUGAGUGAUUAUUACUCAGUUCUUGGAGUUCCUCGCUCUGCAUCUUCAAGGGAGAUCAAGAAAGCAUUUCACAAGCUGGCCCUUAAACACCAUCCUGAUAAGAGCCAACACCCAAAUGCACAGCAGACCUUCACACACAUUGCUCAGGCCUAUGAGGUGCUGUCUGACAAAGAGAGGAGGCGAGUCUAUGAUCAAAUGAACUAUCUAACUAACCCUGAUCAGGACAGAGAGAGAAAGUUCAAGAAAGAUCAGAAUGAGGACACGGAACCUUUCAUCAAUAAAGAAGUGUUUCAUAGUAAAAGGGGUUUUCAGCAUUUUAGUCUAGAGGAGCUACUUCAUACGCUCCGGUUGGAUGGUGACUUUUUUAUGGGUGAACAACCUGCUUAUGAAGGAUGGAGUUUUAAUUUUGGGCCUGAGGAUGAUGAUGAUGAAACAGUCCUCCUCAGUGAUCUUUUCAACAUGCUUUGAUUUCCAGGGUUUGUUUAUUCUUUAUUUGUUUGUAUA